AUGUCUCUCAACGCUGUUGCUCCCACCAUAGACAAGCCUUAUGGAAUCUCUCAGAUCCGGGCUUACAUACCGAUUCAGCUUGACAUGAAGAAGCUGAACUAUGAUGUAUGGCGUGAGUUAUUCGAAACUCACUGCACUAGCUUCGGUGUCCUUGGACACCUGGAUGGAUCCUCUGUCCCCACUUCGGGAGAAGACACACAGUGGAAAGAACGUAACGGUCUCGUGAUGAUGUGGAUCUACGGCACCGUCUCUGAGCAGAUCCUUGACACCAUCCUCAAGGCGAAAGCAACUGCUUGUGACCUCUGGCUCACACUAGGGAACCUGUUCCGCGAUAACAAAGAAGCUCAAUCCAUUCAAUAUGACAACGAGCUUCGCACUCUCACCAUUGGCGAUAUGGACGUCACCGCCUACACUCACAAACUCAAGAUGCUGUCUGAUCUACUAGCUAAUGUUGACUCACCCGUCACAGAUCGGGCGUUAGUGAUGCACAUGUUGAAUGGAUUAUCAGAAAAGUUUGACAACAUAACAAACAUCAUUCAACAUCAGCAGCCAUUCCCCACAUUCAACAAAGCCAGAUCUAUGCUGCUAAUGGAGGAGAAAUGCCUUAGCAAACACGUCAAGCCGGCUCCUCAAGAAGGCACCAACUCCUCCUCUCCAAACAUUCUCUACGCCAAUUCAACUCAACAGCAAGAACGACACGGACAAUACAACAACAACCACAAUUCUGGUCGUAACUACGGCAACAAAAACCGUGGACGAGGUGGCCGUCACAACCGUGGCAGAGGACGCAACAACAACCAGUGGAUGAACCAACAAGCAUCAUACCCACCAUGGACCUAUACUCCACAACCGUGA